AUGAAUGAAAAAUGCGAAUAUGAGGAUCCACAGAACAAGUCGCUUAUGUCACAAAAUGUAUCGAGCAUCAGUCUGAAUUCGUCUGCGAUUAGACAAAUUCAUUAUCGCUUGAAGCAGAAAAUGCGCAUCCUCAUUUUGAUGCUUCGGAAGACUAGUGGCUACAUGCAGACAUGUCAUGAGAUGCUGUCACUUACCGUGAUUUCGAGUGCUGAUGUCCUGCUUGAUAGAGGAUAUGAGGAUUGGAGUCAGCCGUUUCACCUGUUCGAUGCCACGUCGGAGGAGACCGGCAUGGGACUGGUUUACCAGCUCCUCUUGCCGAUUGUCCACUUCUUUAAUCAUUUGGCCCAUGCAGGGAGUCAGGUUCUGUCGGCAAAGGCAGGACAGAAAACGACCAAUAUCACGAUCCAGAAUGGCACAAAUGAUCAAAUAAUGAAAUGA